CCCUCUAGUGCGUGUGACGACCGUCACACCAGCACGUUCUCGUCCCCAGCCCGGCCAGUCUCAUUGGCGAUGGCUCUGGGUGCGAGCGCUUGCUCGAGGCCCAGCAUUGGCCAGAUGCAUCUCUGGCUUCUCUCUGUCACUGGGACAUGGGUUUACUAGGUGAUGACCCCUCUUUUGGACAUGGUGCAGCGGCGUUUGUGGAAGGUUUUCCUGUGUCUUUUACAUAUCUAGGUGCCCGUCCCGGUGCAUCGACGAGAAGAAAGGCUUUGCUUUCUUCUUUAUUUGGACGGUUCAAUUCUCGGUGGUCGCCUUUCAAUGCGCGUGUGAACGAAUGUCUAGCCAGCCGGUCUGGCCUCAGCGAACAGAAUAAUUAAUCGAAUUAUAAUUUCAAAACGAGACACGAGAAACCACCGGAAAAGAUGUCUUGGAAACCCAACUUAUUAUAUUUCCCGCGAAACCACCGGUACCAUAAAGUGCUUCUUUGGCUUAUGGCCGUUGAGCUGCCGUUCAUCAUUGUGAUCCUAACAUUUACCGGAAUUGCAUCGCAUGAUUUGUAUCGAACUCGACUCUGGCAGGAUGGCGCGGACAACGGCUUCAACAGUGCCCCGGAUGAAAUUCUAUACGCCAUGGCCAACUACCGACCAUACAAAGUGCCCAAAGUUUGGAGCUCAUUUACGGAUGACUACAACUUGGCCCUUGGUGUCCUGAGCACUUUCUUCUUGAUCACCAAAGUUCCCUUGCAUUUCCUCCGCCUCUUCUACCCUCCUGUCUCGGCUUUCGUCCAUGCGGGUUUAUUCGCCGUCUAUAUCGCCUCAGCCUCGUUCCAAGCAGGCAGUGACAUGUCCGACCCGAAACACCCACAAAAAGGCGCACCAUGGCAUAUCGCAAAGAGCUGCAGUGUCGCCGCGCACCCGAACAAUAUCGAAUACUGCAAACAGGCAAAGGCAAUGUUUGCGAUGACCAUUAUCGUCAUUAUUCUCUACUUCGUCGAGCUCGUCCUAAGCCUUCAUAGCUGCGUCCCCACAAAAGAAGAAAUCGACAAGCGCCGCGAACGUCAAGAGGAAAAGAGAACCAUGAAGGAGUACGAAGAGGAGAUCCUCAAGUCUCCCGUCAUGAUCCCCAUGACACCAGGGCCCAACACCGGCGGGUUACCGUCCAUGACACCGCACAGCUUUGUUUUCAACCCGAUGACCAACGGACCUUCUGAUCUGCCAUUCCGGAACGAGCCUGGUUCUCGUGUUUCGACGCACCAGGAAUCAGCGGAAACCCUAACAUCAGGGCCACAUUUCUUCCCACCUCCUCCUAAGGCGGUAACCAAAUGAGAGGUCUUGGAUUGUGAUGAUGUUGAUGGUCACUGGGAUACUGUAUCGCUAGUGACUCGAUGAUCUAUGUUUGUUUUGCCGUUUCAGAAUGCAGUUUGCAUGUCCUACAAAAUACCCGCUUUCAUGUUGUGUUGCGUUUUGUUGCGUUUUGUUUUUCCGCGUUAUACCUCUGAAAUUUUUGUACAAUCGGUUUACGAGGCUCAAUAGUAAUCAAUAUCUCCU